AUGUGCUAUGAUCGCUACGUGUCCAUCUGCAAACCCCUGCACUACGAGACCCUCCUGGGCAGCAGAGCUUGUGCCCACAUGGCAGCAGCUGCCUGGGCCAGUGGCUUUCUCUAUUCACUGCUGCACACAGCCAAUACAUUUUCCCUGCCCCUGUGCCAGGGCAAUGCCCUGGGCCAGUUCUUCUGUGAAAUCCCACACAUCCUCAAGCUCUCCUGUUCACACUCAAACCUCAGGGAAAUUUGGCUUCUUGCUGUUAGUGUCUGUUUAGCACUUGGCUGUUUUGUGUUCAUUGUUUUCUCCUAUGUGCAGAUCUUCAGGGCCGUGCUGAGGAUCCCCUCUGAGCAGGGACGGCACAAAGCCUUUUCCACCUGCCUCCCUCACCUGGCCGUGGUCUCCCUGUUCCUCAGCACUGCCUCAUUUGCACACCUGAAGCCUCCCUCCAUCUCCUCCCCAUCCCUGGAUCUGGCAGUAUCAAUUCUGUACUCAGUGGUGGCCCCAGCCCUGAACCCCCUCAUCUACACAAAGUGCCUUGCCUCCAAGGGAGGGCCAGGAUCUCUGAAUUAG